UGUAACAUUUUUCAUUUUUGUGUAACAUUUGCCGGCUGCCUCCGUGCGUCAUUAAGAGUCCUGGAAAUGCCUGUUCGAGAUGACAGCGAUGACAACAUGCCAUCAAAUAGUUCACAAAGUCAUUCAUCAAAUCGUUCGCCCAGCCGUUCGCCCAGUCGUUCACCAGCUGCAUAUUGACCACGGAUAGAUGCCAGUAAUGCACCAAGUGAGUAGUUCCAGCUCAAGCUCAAAGCCAAGCAUCAGCUAGUUCGACAAUGAGACCAAAUGAACAAAAGAAAAAACGUCGCCGAAAGGCAAAUCGUACGAGAUUUGAUCGUCCAAAGAGAAGGAGACAACAACAAAAUCGGCCAACAAAUACUUCAAUAAGUAUUUCUGAUCAAGGACAAACGCAAAAUUCUGUGAAUUUGCCAGAUUGUUUCGUACGUUUAGAUGCAUCAGCAUGUGAUGCUUUCAUAAAUCAAAUGCAACAACAGCAGCCCAUCCAAAUGGGCAUGGUAAAACAAAUGGGUCGCCAAUUGAAUUCACAAAAUUUAAACCAGAUUCAAAUGGAUAUGGAGGAUGAAUUGAAUCCACAAAUGCAACAAGCUUAAAGCGACACAUCAACUGUUGGACAAAUGGGAAACAUACCAAACAUGACAACAGCUGCAUAUAUCCAACAUGAUGAACCAAACAAAUUUGCAAUGAUCAAUGAUAAAAAGUGGAGCCGAGCCACUAGAUUUUUCGUUGAACGUGUCACAUGAUCAAAUAAAUCAACCGUCUUCAACAUCAGCCGCUGAUGAGAGCGAUUGCAUAUUCGUAAAGAACAUUCAUUUAUCGAAUGGAUGACAGAGAAGUGCCCAGAUCAUGUCAAUGCAAUAAGAGCACAACUUAAAAUGAGAGAUUUUGAAAUGAACAAUAUUAAAAUUG